AUGUUCGAGAACCCAGCCACUUCGGAGACAAGCAGCUGCGGACUAAUUAAGGAGCUUCCCGCCUGGUAUCUUCAGAUCGAGGCACCUAAGAAUUGUUACAGACCUACCUAUCUUCCACAGUCUUCUCUGACCGGCCAUGUUGCCCAUAUGAACCCGUCUCUGAUUGGUGUCGACAACUGGUACAAUCUCGUCCCCUUGGAUAACUUCCCGACGUGCGGAAAAUACAUGGACGACAUCUCCUGCAUUGGGGAUCUCGGAUUUCCACUACCUAGCAUAGAUAAUUUGGUAAAGUUUUAUGCGUUGGGCGAGAUUUCUAAGAAUGGAACCGAGAUGACAAUUUUAAACUUUUAUGGUAGUAUUACAAGUCCUCUUAGCGGCGAGACAUUCUCAUGGACUCUUGGGGGGAUAGGACACACUGUCAUAGUGGCUAGUGCCGACGCGAAGCCAACAGGAAGCGCUGGUGGUAAAAAGGCGGAUAAUGAAAAUGAAGACAGCGAUGAGGAUGAUGAGGAAGAUGUCGCUUCUCAUCUAUCUCCAUAG